UGUCAGCUGUGUAGCUCAACCACCUGGGAGACAUAAUCAGGCAUCGUCUUUGCUGUGACAGUCGAGGUAAAAUAAGUGAAAGAAAGAAGACAGAGCGGGACUUCUGUCCACUUGGGAGAAAACUUAAGGAUGAACAGAAGCAGAGGCCAAAGUGAGAGGCUACCUCUACAGCGGACUGCGGUUAUGAUACCUAGGGACGAGCUCCGCUUGAAGCUACAAAGAAACGAUGCCACUCUGAAACACGUAACAGUGAAAAAGGAGCUUCAUAAAGAAGUUUCUUACAAUCUCAGUCCCAGAGCGGAACCAGAAUUUUCAGUCACUGACAGCAGUCCGUUUCGCGUUUUAACUCGAAAAUCAAACCUGUCGACAAAAGAGAACUUUAAUUGUUCAGAGUUGGAUUCUGAAAAUGUCAACAACGGCAUGACAAUGAAUAGGCAAGGUGUGGCGAAGCCGUCAUCCACUGUGACCAACAGUGAAAGUGGAUUUUUGGAUGCUAAUCUGCACCUGUAUAGAAAAAAAGAAAGCGAAAAGAUCCGUGGUGUGUUAGAACUCUCCACGUUCAAGCAGACAAAAGUUCCACGAAUCAAAGUGAGGCUCAUUUGCAUAGUCGAUGUCAGCGGGAGUAUGCUGGUCAAAGGUGACAGCCAGAGAAAGCGUUCUAAGAUCGCCAUCCUCAAGAACAUGAUCGCCGACGUCGUCGAUGCCUUGGACGAUGACGAGGAUUUCGUCAGUGUGAUAACGUUCGGCGAGGAGACCACAGUCGUCUGCCCGUUGACCAAAGUGUCUGCGUCAACGCGGUUUCAGUUCGAGAAAAAAAUUCGAGAACUUGACAUAGUCACGCGCUUCUCCUCGAAGACUAACCUGUCAUCAGCUGUCCUUCAAGCUGUAGAUAUACUGCACGAAGCUCAGUCUGGGGAAAGCCUCCUCUACCGAAACUGCAUCAUCAUAUUCUCCGAUGGAGAGAUUAACGAUGGGGUUACAGAUCCUAAAGACCUCGUUCACGCCGUGCGCGAGAAAAUUCGGGAUUGUGCCAUGCCGGAAGAAUUCCUGGGGGACCUGUGGGUCAACAUCUCUUGUGUCACCACCGGAAGUAAUGUUUCCCAUGGCCUGUACCUCCUGUCCAAGAUGUGCGGAAGUGACGCGUACUUCUUCAUAGAUGGAGAUAAAAAAGCUCGCCCACAAACCGACAUGCUGAUUCCCCUGAUGCUGCGCAAGACGGCCUGUGCGCAGAUGGUUUCCGUCAGUCUGCGCGCGCAAAACGGGGCCAAACUGCGCAAGGAGAAAUGUUCUCAAGAAUACAGCGUCAGACGGAAGCGGGCGAAGAGCUCUGACGACAGUUCCAUGAAUUACUUUCUACACGACAUGCCAUCGGGAAGCCAGAAGACCUUCCAGCUGACAGCGCUGGCGCCAUCUACAGUGAAGGAGGAUUUCUUGGUAGUGGAAGUUCAGUAUGUCGAUCCCCUGGGUGUUCUUCACUAUGUCACUAAGAGCGUUCGGUUGACUGACCUGCCAUUCUUAUCUCCUGACGACCCCACCUCUGCGGCCGUCGUUGUCAAAGAAGGCAUCAGCACCCUCCGACAGCUUUUUCAGACCAUCUGUCGAAAAGUGGCAACACUCCUAGAAGAGGGAGAAAAGAACGACCAGGACACUGUGUUCGAAGAAAUUGUCAGGAUAAUCGACGAGGGAAAGCAAGAGCUGAAUGUGUACAAAAACAAAACUUUGUUAACAAGACUGACCGAGGGCCAGAAUCAGAAAAAGUUCGUUCAGUUCGCAGAGGCUGUGGGAGCCAACCUCAGCAGGCUGCAGUCGAUGCUCAAAAAUUCCUCCCAGAGCCGGAGAAAAUGCUGGCAGUACGUCAAAACAGUGUCGUCGGCCGUCGCACGUGAGCUGCCGACGGUUUCAGAUAUCAUGUCCGAACCGAAAGUGGUUUGUCCCAUCCCGAAGCAGCGGAACUGGGACAGUCCCCGCACGCAUGCGCUGAGCAUGUACGUCUUUGGGCAGGACGAUGCUGCGCCUCAGCUUCACUCGGCUGCGGCCAAUGUCGCUCAGACCCUGGCCGAUGUGCUGAAGACUCUCGUGGGAGAAACUGAAGAACUCUUGUAAACUGGUCAGUCAUUGCACAGAAAGUCCGUCUACCUUCUUGUUACACUCAUGGAUGACCGCGUUUGUAAGGAUGAUGCUGGGCUAUUUUGCGUCCAGUACAUGAAACACCUUCAGCAACAACUCUUUUUGCCCGCAUCAUCAGAUGUAAAAAUUAAACCGAAUAAUCAAUAGUGUCGGCUCUGCUACAUCUCAGUAAUACAUUUAACACAAUUGUAUGAGAGUUGUGCAUUAUUCGUUUCUGUUGAGACUGUUGAGUGUUCCAACGAGCUAAACUUUAAGAGUGUGAACUAAACCAAUUUUAUUCCUUUGAAUAUUAAACAGUAGAAGAAUUAAGAAUCUUCAUAUUUUGUAGAAUAAAACUCCCUGAAAGUGAAAGGCAGUGUUUAUGUCGGUGAAGUAUCACCCUUCGCUAAAACCAGAGAAGCAAAUUUUUUAAACAUUAGUCACGUUUUCGUUUGCUCAUUUAAUUUUCAUUAGAAACAAGUCUGGGUAUUUGAAACUGAAUUUAAAUGUGUCUUGCUGAGAAUGUUUCAACAAUUUUUUACGUGAAUGUCCAAACGUGGUUUAAAUACCUUAUAUAUAUUGCAAUGAGCCAACAUCAAACACAGAAAAGGUCAAAUGGACACUAAUUACGGUAAAGAUCACAUGCAGGCAUAUUUAUAUUAAAUGUCCAUAGCAUACAUGCUUUCUUUGGGCAGCAAUGUAAACUGACAUGAGUCUGCAACAUUUACUGAUGAAAGCUUAAACUCUAAUAAAAAUUUAUUUUUAUAAAUCCUGCUA